AUGCAGGGCACCGAGAGCCGCAUGCAAGGCUACAAAAUCACGUUGCUGUUUUGUGUGUGCGUGUGGGCAGUGACCGCAGACGUCGCUCACAUCAAAGCUACUAAAGCGAAGUUACUGGGAAGAUUAGCUAGUAAAGGAAGACAUCACAAGCGUGGCAUCUUAUCUUCUAUCCCGCCAUUCAAACUCGGCCAUGACAUACCUCAUGUGACACAUUCAGUACUCAAACCAUUAGUAGUAAAUUACCCUCCAACUGCUGCUGUUGCGGCUGUUAAGAUACCAAUACCUCACCCUCCCCAUUUUCCGGUGCCUGUAGGCCACAGAGUCCCUGGCUUACCUCAUCCGCACUAUGGACUCAAAUUUCCUCACACUAAGUACUUAGCAAAACCUGACCAUCAUUACCAUCAUCAUCAUCAUCACGUAGAGCCUAGGCCUAUAAUCCCUCCAACUCCUAUCACACACAUUGCUCCUGCUCCUCCUGUAGUACCUACAGCUCCGGUAAUACCCGCGGCCCCCAUUUCACCAGUUCCGCGACCAACUAUCGCAACCGCUCAACCAGUUCCAGUGCCACUACCCCAUGCACUUCCAGUACCCGCUCCACCGGUACCUAUUUUGCCACCAAAUCAUUUGCAUUUGAAACCUCUUCUUCCUGCUGCUGCUGUACCGUUAGCACGAGCUCCAGUUUUACCAUCACCAAUUUUACCCUUCAGUCAGCCCUUCCCUUACGUUAUUCGCCCUGGUGGAUCUGUUCAAACUUCUGUAUUUGCCACGUACCCAAGAUAUCCUCUGAUCAAUAGUUAUCAAGCUCCGCUCUUUCCUGUAGGACCCUCCGCUUCAGGUAUACAUUCCAUUUCACAAUUUCUAGUCCCACGACCACAAUUUAAUCCAUACAAUUUAGUCCAGCAUGCAGUAGGUCAGCACGGUGUUAUAGAACAGCACACACCUAAUGUUGUGGUUGAACAAACUCCAACAUUGGUACAUCCGACUCAAGUAGUGCCACAGCCUGGUGUUCAUUUACAUCCAAGCCCUGAUGUCUUACCUCAACCAGGUUUCCACUUACAUCCUACCGAAGAAACUCUACAUCAAACUGGGUUCCAUUUACAUCCUACUCAAGAAGCUUUACCACAACCAGGGUUCCAUUUACAACAAUCACCCGAAGCACAGCCUGGAUUCCAUUUACACCCGACACAAGAAACAUUACCACAACCCGAUUUUCAUUUACAUCCAACACAAGAACCUCAACCUGGUUUCCAUUUACAUACGACACAAGAACCUCAACCUGGUUUCCAUUUACAUCCUACGCAAGUUGGACAGCACACAGUUCCUUUGGAUCACGACGGUUGGUCACCAGUAGCACCGCAGUCUCACGACUUAGCUUCAUCUCAUGAGGGACAUUAUCCCCAACAAGGUCACCACUUCACCCAGGAACAAGGUACUCAAGUGUUUGAGCAUCAUACUGGUAAUGAACACUACGAUUACCAACAUCAACUUCAGCACCAUAUUCAGCAACAGAUAGAACAAGCACAAUAUGAGCAAAACCUGCAUAAUCAACAUCAGCCAUCGCAAGAGUAUGGGGUGCCCCAGCAGCUUGAUUUUGCGCAAAAUGGCCUAGAAUAUGCCCAACACGCACAAGAUUUUGGACAUAAUUUAGCACAUCUAGGUCAAGAGUACGGCCUGCCGCAACAAGGCGCAGAGGGUAGAAAUUCUGAUGACAGUGAGCAACAGCAGUUUCACAACCACAUACCGCUAGGUCUCCAGCCACCCAUCGACAGGCCAUUGGACCCUUUCCAAUAGUUACGCCUAUAAUUGUAUAGUUAGUAACUUAAUUUAAUCGCUGACGGCUAUAAUUACUUGGUUUCUUUUAUAUAGAUAUGUUAAAUCUGUCUUUGAUUUGGCAUUGUUGUAUAUGCUAAGUUAACAAAUUUCUUUGAUAAUGAAUCUAUUUCGGCGUCAGCGUCAAAGUGUUGAAGCGAUUGUCUGACUGCAUUUAUGCGGUGUCGCUACCUCGUCUAAUAGAAUUGUGAUAAGCUUAAAAAAGGUAAAAGAUAAAAUUUAACGUCGUAGGGACCAAAGUUUGUGUGUAAAUAUGAUCGGGUUUAAGUUAUUAAGUUGUAGAUAUUAGUUGCGAAGUUUGUAUUAUGUAAAAAUUGCCUGAUUGCUAUCGACAUAUGAGUAUUAUUAACAUAGCACUAAGUUUAUUUAUUGUAAACCACGAUGUAUUAUUAAAAGAACGUAACAUA